AUGUCUUCUCUCUGCUCUUCUCUCUCCCGCCAGGUGAACGAACUGAAGGAGAAAGGUAACAAGGCCCUCAGCUCCGGCAACACCGCCGAAGCCAUCAAGCACUACUCUGAGGCCAUCAAGGUGGACUCUGCCAACCAUGUGCUCUACAGCAAUCGCUCUGCUGCCUAUGCCAAAAAGGGAGACUACCACAAGGCCCUGGAAGACGCUUGCAAGACCAUCGAGCUGAAGCCCGAAUGGGGAAAGGGCUACUCCCGAAAAGCAGCGGCCUUGGAAUUCCUGAACCGUUUUGAGGAAGCUAAGAAGACGUACGCAGAAGGACUGAAACACGAGCCGGCCAAUGCCCAGCUGAAGGAAGGCCUGCAAAAUAUGGAGUCCAGGCUGGCAGAACGGAACCUCAUGAACCCUUUCAACAUGCCCAACCUCUACCAGAAGCUGGAGAGCGACCCUCGCACCCGGAACCUGCUCAGCGAUCCCAGUUACAGAGAGCUGAUUGAGCAGCUCCGCAACAAGCCGUCGGAGCUGGGAACAAAACUGAAGGACCCCCGGGUGAUGACGACGCUCGGAGUGCUGCUUGGCGUGGACUUGGCCAGCGCCGACGAUGAAGACGAAGCCAUGUCUCCCCCGCCUCCUCCACCCCCCAAGAAAGAGCCCAAAGCAGAACCCAUGGAGGAGGAUCUGCCGGAAAACAAGAAGCAGGCCCUGAAGGAAAAGGAAUUGGGCAACGAGGCCUAUAAGAAGAAAGACUUCGAAAAAGCCUUGGAACAUUACAACAAAGCAAAAGAUUUGGAUCCAACCAACAUGACUUACAUUACUAACCAAGCAGCGGUAUAUUUUGAAAAAGCGGAUUACAACCAGUGCCGAGAACUGUGUGAACAAGCCAUCGAGGUGGGGCGUGAGAACCGGGAAGAUUAUCGACAGAUUUCCAAAGCUUACGCCCGAAUUGGGAACUCCUACUUCAAGGAAGAAAAGUACAAGGAAGCCACCCAGUUUUACAACAAGUCUCUGGCUGAACACCGGACUCCAGAGGUUCUGAAGAAAUGUCAGCAGGCUGAGAAAAUCUUAAAAGAACAAGCAAGGGAGGCAUACAUCAAUCCCGAGCUGGCUUUGGAAGAAAAGAACAAAGGCAACGAAUGUUUCCAGAGAGGCGAUUAUCCGCAGGCCAUGAAGCACUACACGGAAGCGAUCAAACGUAACCCCAGCGAUGCCAAACUGUACAGCAACAGAGCAGCCUGCUACACCAAACUCUUGGAGUUCCAGCUAGCGCUCAAGGAUUGCGAGGAGUGCAUCCGUUUAGAACCCGCGUUCAUCAAAGGCUACACGCGCAAAGCGGCGGCUUUGGAAGCCAUGAAGGAUUACACCAAAGCGAUGGAUGUCUAUCAGAAAGCGCUGGAGCUGGACUCAAAUUGCAAGGAAGCGGCCGAAGGUUACCAGCGCUGCCUGAUGUCCCAGUACAAUCGCAACGACAACCCCGAGGACGUGAAACGCCGGGCCAUGGCCGAUCCCGAGGUGCAGCAGAUCAUGAGCGAUCCAGCCAUGCGGCUGAUCCUGGAACAGAUGCAGAAGGAUCCCCAGGCGCUAAGCGAACACUUGAAAAACCCCGUCAUCGCUCAGAAGAUCCAGAAGCUCAUGGAUGUUGGCUUGAUCGCCAUCCGGUGAUGAUUCUGACCAUCCUUCAUCACUUCCCCUCCCCGGUUGGAAAAGAAAAAAGGGCAGCCUUGAUGGACUUCCUCCAUGAAAUGGGUCCAAGUCUCGGGACCAUCGCCUCGGCAAAAGGCAGAGAGACUCACCCAUCGGAGACCCACGUGUCCGGCCUUUUGCCUCCCCCACAUGCGUGCUCGUACCAACCAUCCACCCUAUUCGGCACCGGGGGCGCGGGGAAACCGGCUUUCGUCCAUCGUCUCGGCCUGUUGCUCUGUCUCAGUUAUACCUCCCUGUUGUGAGCUGCCAUUUUCUUUUCUUUUGGGGGGGGUUUCCCCCCCUCUUCCCCCCCUCUUCCACCACCCCCCCUUUGCAGUUUUCGAUUCUCUCGGCCAGCAGCUGUGGCCCCGGCGAGCUUCGUCACUCGUUUUCCCAAGUUUUUCGUUCGGCUGUGAGGCUACGGUUUUAUUUUGGUCUCCUGCACAUCCAAUAAAAUAAAAU